UUUCCGGCCUCAAUAAUGGAACGAAAAGAUAAAUAUAAACAUGCAGCUGAAAGUGUGGAAUCCAUUCGAAACAGGAGACGACACGAGGACAAUGUGGUGAGAAAAGACAAAAGACAGCAGUUGCUGAAUUCCAAGCGAUUCCGUCGAUGUUCUGCAGAAUAUCCAGAAAUCUCCAAUGAACAGGUGAUUGAGGCCACGAAGGACCUCCAGAAGAAAGGGGAUAAUCGACACAGGAGUCUGCAGACCCUCCGGAGGUCCUUUGCUCAGGGAUCAGCAUACAUUGAUGUGUUUCUCGGGAUAGAGAACUCCCUACAGUGUCUGGUAGGGCUCCUGACAGGAAGUGAUGCUGACCUCCAACUCGAGUCCGCCUGGUGUCUCACCAACAUCGCUGCCGGCACGCAUGAUCACGCCAUGGCUGUCACCAAAACAGCUGCACCAUAUCUCAUCACCUACCUGGGCAGCAGCAACCAUCUCCUGACUGACCAGUGUGCUUGGGCUUUGGGGAACCUGGCUGGGGACAGCAAGCAGAUCAGGGAGAUCCUCCAGGCACAGGGAUGUGUACUACCGCUGGUCAAGCUCAUAGAGUCUCCAACUCCUGAUGUGGUGCAGUGUGCAGCUUUUGCCUUGUCCAACCUCGCUCGGGAAUCUGCUGACAUCACCAGGGAGAUUGUGAAGUGUGGUGUCAUCCACCCCCUGUCUCUGAGACUGAAGGAGGGGACAGACAACCACAGACUCCUCUCCGAGCUGGCGUGGAUGCUGACAUAUCUCACUGCCAGCGGAGAACACACAGCAGAUAUUGUGUCCCAAGGCUGUCUGGUCCAGGUGGUGGAAUAUCUCAACAAGCUGUUACAUGAGCCUCGUCAGGAUGCACAGGCCAUGACCCCCCUGCUGCGGACACUGGGAAACAUCUGCAGUGGCCCUGACGAGUACACUCAGCUGGCGCUGGAGAACCCCAACCUGCUAUCUGUCUUUGAGAAGUUCCUCGUUUCCCCAUACAGGCACAUCGUCAAGGAGACACUGUGGGUGCUCUCCAACAUGACCAGUGAAGAGAGCGUGUGUCGAUCAGUAGCCUUUGGCCCCAUCCUGGCACACAUCAUAGAGAGACUGUCUGAUGCCUAUGAUAUCAAAGUAGAGGCAGCCUACCUCCUGUGUAAUCUGGGUUGCCAUGGCGCCGACAUCUGCACAGAGCUGAUUCACAGGGGAGCGAUGCCCCAGAUUGCGCUACUGCUCAAGUCCCCGGAUGUGGAGAUGCUGCACCUGGCGUUGUCCUUCUCAGAGAUGGCGCUGCGACAAGUAGAAGCGGCCAAGUUCCAGUUUGAGGAGAGUGACGGUGUUGCUCGGCUCGAGGGGCUGGAAUAUCAUGAGAAUGAGAUGAUCCGACAGCAGGCACAUGACCUCCUGGACUCGUACUUCAACAUCGGAGAACAGGAAGAAGAAGAAACAAACAUGUAACCAUGGUAACCAGACCUGACUAUACAUAAACUAGUGUGUAAGAAGGGAAUCCCAGCAUGGCUGUGUGGCAGGAAGCACAUCGCUGUUUUGAGAAGUAUUACAGGUCCACACAGGUGAAACAGUUCUCGGUGUUACAGCACCAUCGAGAGAGGAAUCAUGGGGGAUUUGGCUCCUGUAAACACUUAAAUCUGAUGUGCAGAGUUGCUUCCCUUACUCACUCCUGAAACCUCUGAUCAUGAGUUCAAAUCUCUUUUGGCCAUGUGUCUAGGUAUUUCAGCGCCAUAUCAAUGCAGGGUUUGCAUCAGUUUGUCUUCCUUCCCCAUAAACUGGUACUGCUCAAAGCAGAUUCAAACCCAUCUCACUCAACGUUUCUACACGCCAGCUGUGGAAGUAUUGACAACAUGGUAAUCAGAUGUAAGUAACCAUGACCUGUAACCAUAGCAACCAGGUCCAGUCAGGCAUUAUCAUGAUUAAGAAUUUCCCAUCUUCACCAAAGCCAGUUUUAGUAUUUUAGCAGUUGCGGUGUGGAACAAUCAAACCACAGAACAAUAGCAUAUGUUGUGUUCUAGACCACAGUAUGGCUUUGUCUUUUGGACAUAUUUGUUGUUUUCUUGUCCAUAUAAGGGCAUAGUUUCACUGCAGUCCACAUGACUUGAGCAUCUGUCCCAUAAUAACUCCUUCCCAUUGUGCUCAGCACUGGUAGGUAGGAAUGGUUUUAGCAAGACCCCGGGCCUGACAAGGCCUACAUGCAUGCUCUACACAUCUUCACUCUGUGACUAACUUCCCUUACAAAGAGACUGGGUUAUCUCCCCUAUGAUCUCGAGAUUAGGUUAUGUCCCUUUUCCCAAAUAUUGUCAUGUCUUGAAUUGAUCCAUUGGUCUUGGCUGGUGCACGUGCAGUGCAUGACGAUGAAAUUGAUUCCAUGCGUACCUGAACUCGGAGUUUGCUGAGACUGGCCACGCGCUUCACCCAUCACACUACACUUAAUCGCGAACAACCUGGGGCCACUUUGCUCACAAUGGCAAGCACUCAUACAUGCUAAUAGGGGUCAAUUCUCAACUAAUCCUUGUUUGCCAGUAUAUAUGUGUGCUCAAAACAUCUUCACUCUGUGACUAACUCCCAUUGCAAAGAGACUGGGUUAUCUCCCCUAUUAUAUCAGCAGUAGUUUAUAUCCCCUUUCCCAAAGAUUGUCAUAUCUUGAAUUGUAUUGAUCCACUUCAUCUAGAAACAGUAGUCAGUGAUUCGUCAUCAGUGAUUUGUCAUCAGUGUUUUGUCAAAAGUGAUUCUUGAUUGUCUCUUGCCUCACCAUGCUCACAGACUUGCAUUACCAUAGUUACACAGUGUUUUGAUUAUAGUCUCUGUACAUAGACCCAUAAUAAUCAUUUCAUAGCGUUGAUUAUACAUUUAAAGGUAGUUUAGUGUUUCCUGAUACACACACUAUCCUAGCGUAACCACCUCCGUCAUCUAAUGGGUAAAGGGUUUGUCGGGAAGGUGGGUGACUGUACCAGGCCAAGGUAUUUCUUGUUACCCUGUAUGACAUUCAGUGGAUACAUUGACAGGUGGGCUUUGAGUCCGUGUCUGAACGAGUGCAGGGGAUUUAUGUCCACACUGUUAGCAUCCUUCUAAGCCAGCCACUGUUGAUGAACAGCUCUUUGCAUUCAAGCCUCAAAUACAUUGAUGUGGAUGUUUGAGAGAAAGUUGUUUCGAAAGAACCUUUCCUGUUACAUAAUAUGGUGCCCAAGGUUACAGUGUGUGACCUGUCAUGGAGUGUGGUCCAUUGAGUGGUUGCUCAAGCAAUCAGUCGCUGGUUUUGUUCAGGCGUCAUUACGUGCCAGCUGCCUUGUUCUAGCUGACUGGCAUCAACAAUCUCCACCUUCAUCUAAAACAACAUUCACCACUACAUAUGGUUCAGUUCUGUCCUUCAUUCCAACUAAGGUGGUGCUGGUGAUAACAUGGUUAUUGCCCUUUAAUGGAUGAUGGUCAUCUGUACUGUCAGUCAUGUUUGGAUGUUAAUCGAGGCAGACUGUAUUCCACAGUAACAGAUGUGGCGGUAUCAAGUUGCUACAAUCCUCACAAGUGGAUCAACCUUGUGUCCUGUCGUCGACUGAACCAUUGACAGCUUCAAUACUGAAACAUUCAAAUCUUCUUAAACACAGACACAAAUGAGGCAAACUUUCAUUCAUAAUUUACUGUUCUCUGAAAGUCUAUUAUUUUUAUAAAUAAGAAUUUGUAGAAAUGUCUCCAGUGUUUGACAAACACAAUAUACGGUCUUUCUCUUGAUGUGUUUCCUCUGCAAUGUGAAGCACCAGUUGAAAAAAUUAGCCUUGUGUUCUGCUGUUCAUGUUCUGAACAUUAUAUUCUGCCAUGUUUGUGUUGAGCGUGGCUAGAAUGUAUGUGUUUAUCCAUCUGUUCUUGUCCUCUGAAGUCGAUAUUAUUGCUGUCUAAAUUUUGAACAUAUUUUACCGUGUUUGAUGAAGUAGCCAAACCAGCUCUGUUUUUUAUGCAUAUUUUGACAUUUUUUUUAAAUGGAUGAACAAACAUUUUUGUUCAUUGACUGUGAAGUUGUUAUACAUGUAUUGUGAGAACUAUGUAGUGGCAUGUCCAUGAAUAAACCUAUCAAGUUACA